CACCAUGAAAAAUGAAAUUAUUUGUUCAGAUCCAAGUGACAGCUGGGCAAUACGUGUUAUGACGGCACUGACAAACAGAGCUUCCACUGAACGCUCUUUAGAGCAACAUCUACGCUUUAAAACAUCUACAGCCAAAGACUGCUGCUCAACAGUAAUGAAAAACAAACCAGCGUUUCAUGAAAUUGUGGACUACAGAGUUCAAGAAACACCGCUUUGCUCUGUCGCAGCAGUACUAUUCAUAACUGUGGAGAACAACACAAUCUGCUCUUCUCCGACAGAAGAAUGGGUCCAGGAUUACAUACAGGACCUGAGCAGAAGAAAAACACCUGAACAAACAGACAAGAGAGAGUUUGCCAUUAAUAACUUUUUCAAUCUUAAGGAACAAGUUGAAAACUUUUGUAUCAAACAGCCUUAAAACUUCUUCUGUUUGAAAAGAACUGCUUUGUAUGCCUGUAUGAUAAUCCCAUGAUGACUGAAUGACUUCUCAGUCUAAUAAAUGAAAAGGUUGAUGGUAGUCCAAAAAAAUUAAUUCA